CUCCAUUACCCCUCGUCACUCUCAUUCAUCCUUUUCUCUCUCCUUCCCGAAGCCAGUCAUUCACAAUCGGAGGACAGAACACCACCACCUGCUACCAGAUCCUCCUGUUGAGAAGACAAGGAGAAUUCAUUCAGCUGAGUUAACUGUGUGGCGGCAAAGACAGGCUGAGUGCUUCAUGAUGGGAUGCUUUAGGUCAUCACUGCAAAGGACUUCCUCCACAGCGCACGAUAUAUCACGGCUGCAUUCCUUGAUGCCGCCUUUCCACAACUAAUGGCAUCUUUAAUGCAAUACAUUUAAAGCAAACUAAGUGAUGAAGUCAGCUGAAGUGGAUGUAAACUGAUAGCGUUCACUCACUUUAAACCCAUUAUCCAGUUCAUGAUUUGGCUUGAACUCUGUGAGCUGGCACAGGCAGACGCAGCCCACGUGUCGACCUGAGGCCGUCCAUUUUAUGGAGGCCUUGCAUAGUCGCCUGACGACUGGGGAGCAGUCCGGAGGUCAAGAACAUUGUCAACCAGAGUCUCCUCCCCCGCAGCCUAAGUCUCCCCUGCAGCCUAAGUCUCCCCCACAGACCCGUCAACAACAGCAAACCGGCUCCCCGAAGCCCCAUGGCCCGCUACCGCAACCCAAACAGUCCAGGCGACAGCAUCCCGGACGCAAACGUCUCAGGAACCAGCGGCAGAGCGUCGACUCGGAUACGGCACCAGAACAGAAACACGAGGCCACGAAAACAACCACAGCUUCUAGUCCAUCACCGGGGUCACCUUCCUCAGCAGGAGGCCCCAGCGAGUCCAAACCAGACAGCCAGGAGGGCACCCCAAAACAAAAACGAGAGCGCAAGCCUCAGAGACCUGGCAAAUAUGUCUGCACAUACUGUGGCCGUGCAUGUGCAAAGCCAAGUGUCCUACAGAAGCAUAUUCGCUCCCACACAGGAGAAAGACCCUAUCCCUGCGCCCCAUGUGGCUUCUCUUUUAAGACCAAGAGUAACUUGUACAAACACCGUAAAUCGCACACCCACAGGGUGAAGGCAGGUCUGACACUUGGGGAGCCGAGAUCUUUAGAGGAACAGGUGACUGAGUCAGAAGAUGAAACCAGGCAAUUAUCAUCAGCAUCCAGCCUUUUAGAAAGACGAGACAGCGUAGCUUCAAUCAAGAGUCAGGAAACAGACAGGGCCAAAGAUUACACAGGAGGAAAUGAUGACUCCUACGCAGUGAAGAAGAGACUGGCUCUGCGGCUAAGUAGAGGAAAGCAUGGUCAACGAGACUCAUCCGAUGAAAAGAGCUCAUCUCUAGUUUUAGGGAGUAAAGGCAGUACAGAGUCAGGAUAUUUCUCUCGCUCUGAAAGUACUGAGCAGUCACAAGACAGUCCGCCCAACACAAGUGCCAAAAGCUAUGCAGAGAUCAUCCUCGGCAAGUAUGGACGCCUGGGACACCUACAGAGGAUGUCUCGGCACCAUAAUCAGCAGCCCUCUGGUCAGGAGGACAAAAGCAUCCCAUUCACAGUGCCCAAGAAGCAGGUCAUUGACCAUAUCACCAAACUGAUCACUAUCAACGAGGCGGUGGUGGACACCAGUAAAAUUGACAGUGUAAAACCCAGGAGAUUCUCACUCUCCAGGAAGAACAGUUCAGAGUCUCAAAAGGGUUCAGCUCUGAAAGAGACACUUGUUCACAGUCCUAAAGUUGUAGACCUGGGCUACAAAGGGGGCUCCAUAACCAUGGGAGUUCCUUGUGAGAAAUUUCAUCAUCCGACCCUAAAUGUGGAGCAACCAGCUGGCCAAACGUCCUCCGCCCCUCUGUUGAGAAGUAACUCAAUGCCAUCUGCAGCUAGCUCAUUUGACGCCUCCAGUGGCGGACUUAGUAAGUUCCGUCUAAGUCAGUCCUUUGAUGAACGACAGCCGGCGUCCCGGCGUUAUGGGAUGCUAAGACGGCAGCCAGCUAUUGAAAUCCCACUUGGAGCCGAGUUAACAAAAGAGGAACGUGAGGUUUCUCAUUCCCUUUUCCCUGACAGCAUCACUACUGUGCCUGACCACAAGCUAUGCCAACCGCAGCCGUAUGAGUGUGAGGCCUGCGGCACCGGCUGCAAGGACUGGGAAGGUUAUAAGAAACACAAGCAAAGCCUAUGCCUAGCACAUCAUCCCAGAAACGAGGUGGUGAUUAGUCAAACGGGGUGCUCACAGCUAAGUAACCAUGCAGUCAGAGCAGGAGCUUCAGCGAUGCGAAAGAGAAGGAAAGAAGAGAGUUUUGAAUUCGAUGAUCCCUCUUCGCCGUCAUUACCCUCUCCUGCGCUCCUGUCAGGAAAGUGUAAAGAUGAAAGCAGUGUCGUUUAUGAGAGUCCAAGAAGAGCUGCACUGCAAACCUGUUCAGUUAUCCAACAUACAAGUUCAUUUGAAAAACAGGAGUCUCUGUGCAAUGAGAUCCAAGACCCUCAUGAAGAAUAUCAACUGGUGCCUCAGAACGAACCGUCGACAAAACUAGCCACCCGAAAGCUGGUCCGCCAACACAGCGUGCUGGUUCCAGAAAUACUGGUCACAGAGGAUUCGAACAUGAGCACAGCGUCCUCCACAGAGACAACAUCCAUAGCAAAACCUUCAGAGAAACCUGAGGAGUUUCAGUGGCCGCAGAGAAGCCCCUCUCUGGCCCAGCUGCCCAUUGAAAAGCUUCCUCCAAAGAAGAAGCGCUUACGUCUAGCCGAGAUUGCCCAAUCCUCGGGGGAAUCCAGCUUCGACUCCAUAUCCCUGCCUCACAGCCCGAGUCAGGACAGUAGUGCAUCUUACGCAUCGAGUCGAUCCACCUCCUUCGAAGAGUCGAAUAGACCCGACAUGGAGAUCAUGGGAUCAACCCCCCUGAGGAGAUCAAGAGCUCCUCACAUGUUGACGGUGCCUGGAGUGCAUCAGCACCGAGAGAUGAGGCGUUCAGCAUCAGAGCAGGCGCCUCAUGAUCCCCAACAAAGUGUCCUCAUGUCUGAGAACCGCAGUAAGUCCUUUGACUACAGUUGCCUCUCUCCUGAACGCUCUGCAGUGGGCUGGAGGGAAAGAAGGAAAUGCCUCCUUAUGAGACACACUGCUAUCAGAGAUCCAGAUGAGGAGGAGGAAGAGCGGUGCACAAUACAGAACCGUAGUCCUGAACGGCUCAGCUCUACAACAACUUCUAAAGCAAGUCCAGCGCCUGCAUACAGGUCUCCCGCUUCCCCGUCAUCAGGCGAUCCAGCCCUGCGUAACCCAGUGAGAUUACAAUGCAAAGAGGUCUUCUCCCAGUGGAAACUAAGUCAAAAUAUUCAGUUAACCGGCAGCACAGAGCUCACAUCUGUCGAUCCUGUGAAAGAGGAGGUCUUGAACACCCACCCAGAGCAGCCCACACCUCCAGCACCACAACCAUACCUUACACAUGGCCCGUCAGGUGCAGCCAGAGCUCGAUACCUCCCCAUGUCCACAGGACUGAAGCUAGAGAUUCCCCUUCUACACGAGGAUUAUUCAGAGGUUAGAGUUGCUCCGUCCGUGCCUCUUAUAUCUUCCAGUCUAGAAUUAGUAAGGCCGGUCACAUCCCCCGCUGUAGCAGUGCGUCUACAAACAGACACCCUCACCCUUGCAUGUGCCAUAUACACCACCUAUUCCCAAUGCAGCCCCCCAAGACCCCCAGAUGCUGUUGAUUCGCACAAUAUAGGCAUCCCUACAGCUGAUUACAGAAACCACAGGUAUGCAAGUACGGAGGUUCAGCUGUGGCCUGACGAUGGCCUGAGGGUCUCGGGCUCAGGGGGAAACAAACGCAUGCUUUCGCCUUCAAAUAGCAUGGAGCUCCCGCCUGAGUCCAAGCAGCAGCAGAAACGGGUCAAAGAAGAGGAAGAGGGGAAGGAGGUGGGAAGGGUUGACAAAGCAUCAGUGGACACGUGCAAUCAGGAACUCACAAAUCAGACCUCCAGUGUUUACUCUCCCGUCACACAUGUGGGAACAUCCUCCCCCAGUCUGCAGUCCGGCACCUGUAAUAGCUGGUGCUAUUUGAACUACAUUAAACCAAACCCUUCCCCUCUGGAUGAACAGAAGCCCUCAGUGUAUUCAUCGUGGUCCACGAGCGGCUACGACCCCAACCCACCUGGCCUCUCCAGCAAGACGGCGCUCUCUCUGCUGCAGUGCAAGCAGAGGCUCAGCCCCUCCAUCUACACCUCCUCCCCCAUGACGGUCCGGACUACGGAGUCACUGGAGCCAGAGGACAACAAAAGACCAUGCUCGACCGAGGUGUACAACAGCCAGUCGUACCGCAGAGACCGAGAGGAAACGAGGCAGCAGUCAAACAGAAAAGAGGAGGAAGAGGGGAAGAACGAGGAGGAGGAGGAAGAGGAAGUACAGUCAGGCUCCAGAAGUCAACAACCUCCUGACGCCUGGAUCUCUGACAGAGGAUCAAACGAGAAGCAUCCCCCCCUGCAUGGUGCCAGUGGAGGGAAGAAGUGCCAAAGUGAGGACUGUGGAUCCACCCUGCCAACCUUGCAGCCACGGCGUCACAGAGUCCCCAUCGUACACCUGCCACCACUGUCUCAAAGCCAAAGAAGCAGCAUCGAACCCCUGAGAUCUGAGGCUCAUGGAGAAGAAACCUGUCGCUAUCAGGAUGGCACACGCAAAGGAGUCUGUGAAGAACGUCCCCUUGCCUCUGAUGAGGAUAACAAAAACACCCUCCCUCCCCCUGCCUCCUCUGAGGGAGAUAAACCUCACCCAGGAGGUCAGCAGACCCAACAGAAGGACUCCCCCCGGAGGAGCUCGGCCUCCACCAUGAGGGCCGCCUUCGCCCGCAGACGAUUGGACGCCUCGGCAUCGACGUCCUCCGGAGACUCUCCGAGAACUCAGCCCCGACAGAGGGAGACGUCUCCACCUCAGAGCCCUCCUCCUCCCCCGUCCUCCCCCCCUCUACAUCCAGUUGUCAUGUCUCCAUCUCUAAGAGACCGGCCGUCUGCAGCGAGACAGCAGGUUUAUAAAGUACACACAUGUAAACUAAAAACCUGCUUAGUUUACAUCAGAUUUGGAUGCUGCCUUGUUUCUGAAACAUUGAGGUUUUUGUCAUCCUGUUUCCUUCAGUCUCUGGAUGAGGUUGGUCUGACCCACAUCCCCCCACAUCCCACUCGACCCCGGGGGGCCCACAACCUCCUGAGUCACCUCCCCCUGCACUCCCAGCAGCCCAGCCGGACCCCCAGCCCCCUGAUCCCCAUCGGGGGGAUCCACAUGAUCCAGCCCCGGUCCACGCUGCCCCUCUACAGCCUGGUGAGCAGACCCACAACGGGGGGACCGCUGACGUCCUGGAGGCUGGGCGACGCAGCUCCGAAGGCGGGGUUUCCUCUGCUGCAGCGCCAGGAGACUCUGGAAGAAACGCCCCGAGACCCUGAGGUGUUAGUGGGAGUACACAGAGACACUCGAGGAGGCCUUCAACAACCGUCCAGUCCAGGGGAAGAGGCGAGGCAUCCGGACGUCGAUACGGAAAGACAAGCUGUGUUGAAGAAGACUAAGAGACGUCGGCAAGCAGCGAGACCCAAAACACCGUCGAGAGCCGGGACAGAGACCGAAGAACCGGAUGUGGACAAACAUGUUGCAGAGAGACCCGUUUACCCCGAGAAACCCCCCAAAGGCCAAAAAGAGACUCCUUCCUCCGAGACACAACUCUGAAAGGAGGCGGAGUCUAAAAAGGGACAGUGCAAAAAGCCUGGUGUUAAAAAGAGAAAGCACUUGAGCACCGCUUCUGAAUGACGCUGUUAUGUAAUUAUAUGAAUAGUAUAUAUAGACACUACGGUAGAUAUGCAGUACGUUUUGUAUAUCUUUUUUUACCCUCUGGUUUGAUGUCAUCGGUGUUAAUUUAUUUACGUGCUAUUAUGCAAAUUCUGUACUAUAUGCAAAAGCAGCUGGAAUGAAAAUAGAAGUUUGAAUCUGUUUUUUCUUAUUAACCCGUUAUAGCAGCUCGGAUAUACUACUGCUGUGUACAUGUACUGUAUUACCAAAAUGGAUAUAAGAAGGUACUACACAUAUUUAUUCACCCGACCAGUAUUUUGAAGUGCAAUUUAUGUGGAGAUUGUGGUUUGAAACGUCAUUCUUUAAGGCUGUGAUGAUUCUUCUUAUUAUUAUUUGUCAGUUUUUGUUUGUUUGUUGUUGUCUUUGUGUUUUAAAGAAGCAGGGUUUACGAUCACCUCCUUUUUCUAACGUCAGAUCAGAUCAAGCACUGAAAAAUAAUUUGAUAUCCCAAAAGGACGACCUGUUUUCACGUACACGGUAGCUACGGUGCACUUCUUUUCAUAAACAGAUUACAUGUAUUUUUGUGUUGUUGCUUUUAUAAAUGAUGCAAUCGCUCCGUCAUUUUCAU